UAUUGCUUCAGCUCGACUCGAUAAAAUCAGCGGAAAGUCUGAUGCAAGUCAUGACUCCAGUGUUUCUCCACCGUGCAGAAUGCACACAGAGGACACGGAGCUCACACCAGGGUAGGAAGAGGGGGACUAGUCUGAUGGGAUGGCGGAGAACAGGAAUGAUACUCCCAAAGCCAGGAAGUUCACCAGGGAUGGUCGGAGGACAGCGAGGCGCAGGAGGGGACUUCCUGAGUUCCAGAACCCAGAGGCCGAGGAGCACAAAUGGGCGGAAGGGUGGAGCUCUGGAGAAAUGUUUAUCAUGGAGAAGGUCCAUGAGUUCUUCCAGGAGUGUGGUGGGGACGAGAGGGGCUUCAUCACGCGGGAAGACAUGAAGAAACUCCAGGAGAAGUUUCCUUUCAGUUCUGAGGAGCUGGAGACAGUGUUUGAUAAACUGGACAAUGACAACAAAGGAAUUCUGACCCCGGAACAACUCACAACAGGGCUGAGCCACUUCCUGAGUGACCAAAGUCAGCCCCUGGGUGGUGACGAUCCGAAGGAGCCAUCUGUCUCCCUGUACCAAUCCCCCAGCCUUCAACACCAGAUGGACUCUGAGGACGAGGAGAAGCAGCAGUUUGCUGCCUUGCUGGAGAAACUGGGGGCUGGCGCCAUCUUUGAAGGUAAGACGGAGAUUUGGAAACUGUGGUCACAGCUCCGAGUCAGUGAGCCUAACCUGCUCGGACACCUGGAGGACUUCCUGUCGAAAGUGACCGGUCAGAUCCAGGACACCCUGCAUGAGAAGGAGGAACUGGAGCAAACUCUGAAAAAAUGCACGGUGGGGAGUAUCCUGACUGGUUGUAUCAUGGCCUGGGAUGUGAACGCCAAUGCCCAGGGUGAACAUUUCAGGAAGAUGGGGGAGCACAACGCAGACGUGCAGAGACUGUACGAGGAGAUGGAGUUGCAGAUCAACAGUGAGAAGGAAAGGAUCGAGACUGAGAGUAUGUUGAAGUUCCAGGCACAGAGCCAAGAUGUGCAGAAGGAGUUAGACAGUAAACAGGAUGAGGUGCAGCAACUACUUCAGAUGCAGACACAGCUCCAGGCGGAGAUCGAGUCCCUGCGCGGUCAACAGGAGGAGACCAGCGCUGAGAACCAGCAGCUCAAAGUGACCAAUCAGGAGAUGGAGACGCGGCUGGAGGGGAUCCAACAGGAGCUGCAGGAGGCUCAGGAUCGGCUGGUCACCCUCCAGGAGGAAGCAGCUCACCAGGAGGAGAAGGAAGGAGAGUGGAACCAAUCUCCUAGCGGAGAGGAAGUACGCUUGGGAGAAGCUGUUCAGCAGCUCCAGGCGGAGAUCGAGUCUCUGCGUGGUCAACAGGAGGAGACCAGCGCUGAGAACGAGCAGCUCAAAGUGCUGAAUUGGGAGAUGGAGUCGCGGCUGGAGGGGAUCCAACGGGAACUGGAGGAGGCUCGGGAUCGACACAGAGAGUGGGACCAAUCUCUGCACAGUGAGAAGGACACAAGGCCAAGGAACCUACAGUCUGAAGACCUCCAGCCCUGCCGGGAAAUCCUGGUCCACGAAAGCCGCAUCAUCUCCAUCGAGGAGGAGCCCCUGCCGCAGCAGGAGCCCGGGACACAAGACUUGGAGGUUGCCGAGCAGGGGAACAGUGUGAUGGCUGCAGAUGCUGUCUUUGUGGAGGUGGCAGGUCCCCCAUGGAGAGACGGAGCAGCCGAUGUCAUCGCAGAGCUCCAGGUGGAGAUCGAGUCCCUGCGCGGUCAGCAGGAGGAGACCAGCGCUGAGAACCAGCAGCUCAAAGUGACCAAUCAGGAGAUGGAGACGCGGCUGGAGGGGAUCCAACGGGAGCUGCAGGAGGCUCAGGAUUGGCUGGUCACCCUCCAGGAGGAAGCAGCUCACCGGGAGGAGAGAGAGAGAGAGUCAGGUCACCCUGCAGAUGGUGUGGGACCACGUUCUGAUGAAGCUUUCCAGCAGCUCCAGGCGGAGAUCGAGUCCCUGCGCGGUCAACAGGAGGAGACCAGCGCUGAGAACCAGCAGCUCAAGGUGACCAAUCAGGAGAUGGAGACGCGGCUGCAGGGGAUCCAACGGGAGCUGCAGGAGGCUCAGGAUCGGCUGGUCACCCUCCAGGAGGAAGCAGCUCACCGGGAGGAGAGAGAGAGAGAGUCAGAUCAUCCUGCAGACGGUGUGGGACCAUGUUCUGAUGAAGCUUUCCAGCAGCUCCAGGCGGAGAUUGAGUCCCUGCAUGGUCAACAGGAGGAGACCAGCACUGAGAACCAGCAGCUCAAAGUGACCAAUCAGGAGAUGGAGACGCGGCUGGAGGGGAUCCAACAGGAGCUGCAGGAGGCUCAGGAUCGGCUGGUCACCCUCCAGGAGGAAGCAGCUCACCGGGAGGAGAGAGAGAGAGAGUCAGAUCAUCCUGCAGACGGUGUGGGACCAUGUUCUGAUGAAGCUUUCCAGCAGCUCCAGGCGGAGAUCGAGUCCCUGCGCGGUCAACAGGAGGAGACCAGCGCUGAGAACCAGCAGCUCAAAGUGACCAAUCAGGAGAUGGAGACGCGGCUGGAGGGGAUCCAACAGGAGCUGCAGGAGGCUCAGGAUCGGCUGGUCACCCUCCAGGAGGAAGCAGCUCACCGGGAGGAGAGAGAGAG